AAUACCCUGGUUUGUUUACAUCUGGAAGUCUGUCAGAGAGCAGGGUUUUUGGCUAUGUCGAGCUGAAUUAGGAACAAUGAAUGAUGUAUGUAGAUAACGACUACAAAUGAUGAAUGGUAUUCCUGUGUCAGUGUUAUGUAAGGCUGUUAAUGGGUUAACAGUAGACAAUGCAGGACUUCCACAGUGACGUCCACAAGAGUCACCUCGCUGAGGGACUGUCUCAUCUUUGGCAGAGUGGCCGAUUCUGCGAUACUAUUAUCUCCGUAGAAGGGAAGACGUUCCCCUGCCACCGUGUCAUCCUCUCUGCUGUGUCACCCUAUUUCAACGCCAUGUAUACUUCGGGGAUGCGUGAGUCUCUAGAUGGGCUUGUUACUAUCCACAACAUCCAGGCCAGUGUGUUCCAGUCCAUCCUGAACUUCAUCUACUGCGGUAACAUCGUCAUCACCGCAGAGAAUACCAUGGACAUUCUCCAUGGUGCGAGUCUCUUUCAAAUCAGCACUCUGCAGCAAGUGUGUGAGAAGAACUACUGUGAGAACCUGACUCCCCAGACCUGCAUCGCCAUCUGGAGGAUCAGCCAGGCUUACAGCUGUACAAGACUCACAGAGCAUGCUUGGAACUACAUCAUCGAUAACUUCAAGUCUGUAUGCCGCAGUGAGGACUUCCUGGAGCUGACGAAAGAAGAACUGUUCCAGAUCAUUAAUGAAGACAAUCUGAAUGUGGAAAAUGAGGAGACAGUUUGUGAUGCAGUUCUACCCUGGCUUGAACAUGACCGCAAGCGUCUGGCAGACAUCAAUGAGAUCUUUCACAACCUGAGACUGCCUCUGAUGAACAGCAACUACAUCAGUACAUUGCUGGAGACUAAGCCUUGCAUCCGAGAGAAUCCCGACUGCUGCGAUCAUCUCCUACAGAUGCAACAGGGUGGCCACAGACAGGAACUCACCCCUGCACAGUAUCAGAUGUUCAGAGAACGCAACGAACAGGUCCUUGUGAUGGUUGAUGGUCGCAGACAGGAAGUAGCCUGUUUCAGUCUCCAGAGAAAAAAAUCCUUUGCUCUUGCCAAAUUUCCAUACUUUGCUGAUGGCAAAGCAUCCUGUGUUUUGAAAGGAGAUAUAUAUGUCUGUGGAGGAACAUCAGGAGUGGCCGAGAACCGCCUUGUCAAAUAUGAAACCAAGAGAAACAGAUGGAUUGAAUGUUCACCCCUGCAGCAAGGCCGAUGCUACCAUGAGCUUGUGUCCGUCGGCGAUAGCUUGUAUGCAGUUGGAGGGUUUGUUGUUAAUGCUGCUGUUUCGGGAAUAGAAGAGUACAAUAUUCACGCUAACAGGUGGACCAAGGUUGGUGACCUCCUUCUUCCAGUGGGAGGGCUCUCAGCUUCAAGCUUGAAGGAAACAAUUUACAUGUUCGGAGGCAAGAAGGACAGGCUGGACAGGAAGACAGCAGUCUUCCAGAGUUUCAACACCAGGACACGAACCAGCACUGUCUUGGGUAACCUACCCGUCAACACGUGCUGGAGUCAAGCGUUGACUAUCGAUGAUGCCAUAUAUGUCGUCAGUCCAGAUGGAAAUGUCAUCAAGUACACACAAAAAUCCUACCCAGCCAUUGUCAGUGUCAUCAAGAAUCUAGACUGCGAGUAUUUCCGCAUCGUCAAUCACAACAGAAAAAUUCUCAUCCUUCAAGUCGGAGACACAAAGUACUAUGAUGAGUUGAGGAUUUUUGAUCCAACAUCAAGCGAUGUCAUCGUCGCCAGGGAGAGGCUCCCAAGAUCUCUGUGCGACUCUGACUGGCUGAAAGUGGUCAUCAACCGUCAUCAUUUGAAGUAUGAGUGUAGCACUCAUCAUGGAUACCGUUAAUCAUCUGGGCCAUCUUGGUCUCUAAUGGAAAAAAAUUCCAAUUGUAUCGUCUAAUUAUUGCAUUUGUGUGCUCUUUUAGAACAAUUUACAUUUACUUAUACUUCUACCUUAUUUAGUAACAAGAUUUUUGUUAUGCGUUAACAAAUUGGUUAACAUUUUAGUCUAAUUUUGAUGAAAGAUUAUAUUUUGAGGAAAGAUGAUUUCCCACUUUGAUCUAAGUCCACCUUUUUUGCAUACCUCAGAGACAAUGAACCUCUUUUUGAAAAGCAGCAUUAUGUAAGAUCAAAGUCAUUCCAGGUGCCCCUGUACCUAAACAUAAGAAUCAUGACAUUAUAUCAUUUUGUAGCCUGACUGGCGUAUAUCAAGAAAUCUUCAUUUCCCAUUAAACUAUCAAGGAAAACAAUACUCAGCGUACUCCACUGCCUGUUUGGUUAAUUUAUUUUAUCCCAUUACUCAUUCAUUGCUUGAUCUAUGAAUGUUGUUUUGAAUGGAUGUUUCUAUUUCUACAUGCGUCAGGUGUGUGUGUGAACUAAUCAUGAUAUUUUAUGAGGACAUGACAUUUUUUAUUAAUUCAAACUAUUAAUUUAAAGAGGAAUUGACUUUAAGUUUUUAGAUAUCAGUUGCGUAGAUCAAUUUGCAUGAUGUCAAUCACUAGAUUGUCUGAUACAGACUUGAUCUUGAUUAUUUAGGGUCCGUGCAUAAUUUAUGGAGGGAGGUUUUAAAGAGAGAUUUUUGGGGAGAUUUCACCCAUUUACUUCUGGGGUGGUAGGGGGAUGAUAUCAAUUUUGUACAUUAAUAUAUUAAAAGGUUAUGCCUAAAAAUUAUGGGAGUGGGGGAGGGUGUCAUUGAUUUUGUAAAUGACAUGCAGUGGGGUCACUUACUUUGUACAUAAUCAUCACUCUCUCUCUCUCUCACACACACAC